AUGGCUCGCUUUGAAGACGAAGUGCCCAGCCGCUAUGGAGGCGGCUGUCCCGCGGGUCCGGCCAGAGGGGCCAGCCGGCAGCCGGGGCCUCCGGGGGUCCAGAGGAUGUACAAGCAGACGAUGGCCCAGAGAGCCCGGACCAUGGCUAUUUACAACCCCAUUCCUGUCAGACAGAGCUGCCUCACCGUUAACCGCUCCAUGUUCAUCUUCAGUGAGGAUAACAUCAUACGGAAAUAUGCCAAAAAGAUCACCGAAUGGCCUCCAUUUGAGUACAUGAUCCUGGCCACCAUUAUUGCAAACUGCAUCGUGCUGGCCUUGGAGCAACACCUACCGGCCUCAGACAAAACACCGAUGUCAGAGCGUUUGGAUGACACAGAGCCCUACUUUAUUGGAAUAUUUUGUUUUGAGGCUGGCAUCAAGAUCAUCGCUCUGGGCUUUGCCUUUCACAAAGGCUCCUACCUGCGUAAUGGCUGGAAUGUAAUGGACUUUGUGGUGGUCCUAACAGGGAUCCUGGCCACUGUGGGGGCAGAUUUUGAUCUACGAACGCUGCGGGCCGUGAGGGUACUACGACCACUCAAACUGGUCUCUGGCAUUCCAAGUCUUCAAGUAGUGUUGAAGUCCAUUAUGAAAGCCAUGGUACCUCUGCUGCAGAUCGGCCUGCUGCUCUUCUUCGCCAUCCUCAUGUUUGCCAUCAUCGGCCUGGACUUCUACAUGGGCAAGUUCCACCGCACCUGCUUCAGGAUCGACACGGGUGAGCAGGCAGCUGAUUUCCCCUGUGGUCUGGAGGCCCCGGCCAGGACCUGCGCUAACGGCACCGUCUGUAAGGAGUACUGGAUCGGACCCAGCUUUGGCAUCACCAACUUUGACAACAUCCUGUUCGCUGUUCUCACAGUGUUCCAGUGCAUCACCAUGGAAGGAUGGGUGGACAUCCUCUAUAACGCCAAUGAUGCCUCUGGAAACACGUGGAACUGGCUGUACUUCAUCCCCCUCAUCAUCAUCGGGUCCUUCUUUAUGCUCAACCUGGUCCUGGGUGUGCUGUCAGGGGAGUUUGCCAAGGAGAGAGAGCGGGUGGAGAAGAGGCAGGAGUUCCUGAAGCUCCGCAGACAGCAGCAGAUAGAGAGAGAGUUGACUGGGUACCUGGAGUGGAUCUGCAAAGCAGAGGAGGUGAUGCUGGCUGAGGAAGACAAGAACGCAGAGGAGAAAUCUCUGGAUGGAGCGUGGUACAAAAGGAAACAACACAACUCUGUGUUGAAACGGACCAAGAAGAGUAAGAACGACCUCAUCAAUGCAGAGGAAGGAGAGGACCACUUCACUGACAUCUCAUCUGUUGGGUCUCCUUUCACCCGGGCCAGCUUGAAGAGCCAAAAAGAAAACUCGUCCUACUUCAGGAGGAAAGAGAAGAGAAUCCGCUUCACCAUCCGCCGGCUGGUCAAGUCUCAGAGUUUCUACUGGACCGUUCUGUGUCUGGUCGGCCUGAACACGCUGUGUGUGGCCAUCGUACACUACGACCAGCCAGAUUGGCUCACAUAUGCACUAUACCUGGCCGAGUUUGUAUUCCUCGGCCUGUUCCUGGCAGAGAUGUCCAUGAAAAUGUAUGGCCUUGGCCCCCAGAACUACUUCCACUCCUCCUUUAACUGCUUCGACUUUGGGGUGAUUAUUGGCAGUAUUUUUGAGGUGAUCUGGGCUGCUAUUAAACCUGGCGCUUCAUUUGGGAUCAGCGUCCUGCGGGCUCUGAGGCUGCUCAGGAUCUUCAAAGUCACCAAGUACUGGAACUCUCUGAGGAACCUGGUGGUAUCUCUGCUCAACUCCAUGAAGUCCAUUAUCAGCCUGCUGUUCCUCCUCUUCCUCUUCAUCGUGGUCUUCGCUCUUCUGGGCAUGCAGCUGUUCGGUGGCCAGUUUAAUUUUGAAGAUGAAACGCCGACAACCAACUUUGACACCUUCCCUGCGGCGAUUCUCACCGUCUUCCAGAUCCUGACUGGGGAGGACUGGAACGCAGUCAUGUACCACGGGAUUGAAUCGCAGGGGGGCGUCCGCGGGGGGAUGUUCUCCUCCAUUUAUUUCAUUGUUCUUACUCUCUUUGGAAACUACACACUCCUCAACGUGUUCUUGGCCAUUGCUGUCGAUAACCUGGCUAAUGCCCAGGAGCUCACUAAGGAUGAAGAGGAGCAGGAGGAGGCCAUCAAUAAGAAACUUGCAAUGCAAAAGGCCAAGGAGGUAAAGGAGGUCAGCCCCCUGUCGGCGGCAAACAUUUCCAUCACAGCUUUUCUAACACGCAGUCGAGGUAACGCGCACUCUAGCAGCUCAUCCAUCUGCAGCGUUAACUCACUGAGUUAUGUCUGCACCCCCGUCCAUCACUACCUGAGUAAGGAGCAGCAGAAGUCGAUGAAGACGAUGUCGGUGUGGGAGCAGAGGGCCAACCAGCUGAGGAGGCAGAACCAGGCGAGCUGUGAGGCGCUCUACAGCGAGCUGGAGCCUGAGGAGCGUCUCCGCCGGUCCUCCGCCCUCAACAUCCGGCCAGACAUGAAGACCCACCUGGACCGCCCGCUGGUUGUUGAACCUCUCGACGGGCCUUUGGUGGGGGGCCACCAGCACCACCAUCACAAACCGGGCAUGCCGGAAGACGCCGAGAAUGCUGCUGAUCCUCCUCCUCCUCCUGCUGUGCACCACCAGUCUCGCCGCCACCACCGCCACAGAGACCGGGCCAGAAGGAGAGAGGAAGCCAACGAAAACGGGGACACCGGUAAGGACGGGGGGCACCACGUCCAUCACAGCCGCUCCAAAGACCACGAGUGUAGCAGAGGCAAAGAGGGGAAGAGCGAGAGGUCCCACAGCCGAGAGGGAGGCAGAAAGCAUCACCAUCAGAGCUCGAUGGACGACAGCGGAGGAGGAGGAGGUGAGAGGGAGCACCGUCAUCAUCACUCGCACCGUCAGGCCAAAGGGGGCAACGGGACUGUGAACGGUGGAGGGAGGGGGGAGCGCAGAUCGAGACACAAAGACGGACGCUCGUGUAACAGGGAUGGGGAUAAGAAUCCCCGGGCAGAGAACGGAGAGAGGAGGAGACAUCGGACUCAUGGAUCCAGAGGUCAGUCCACAGCUGAAGGAGAGGAGUCCAACGAGAGAGAGAAGAACCACACUCACAGGUGAGAGUUUGGAGACUCAGAGGGGGAGUCCCUCACCAUCUCCCCCCAGCAGGGCUCUGAUGGGACCAACCAGCCUCCUGACCAACCAGAGGACUCAGACAACCAGAAGAAUGUCAGACGGACUGGACAAUCCUCCAUCCACAUCCCUCCUGUCACCAUCACCUCCCCACCUGGAGAGACAACCGUCAUACAAAUGAACAGUAUGGACUGUGAGACGAUGCCUAUGACUGAGAGGAACGUGGAGGAUCAAGGUCCAAGUGGACCAAAACCCAUCCUGCCUUACAGCUCCAUGUUUGUCUUUGGACAGACCAACCCGGUGAGGCGUCUAUGUCACUACAUAGUGACUCUGCGUUAUUUUGAGAUGUCCAUCCUGGUCGUCAUUGCAAUGAGCAGCAUCGCUCUGGCAGCAGAGGACCCUGUGUGGACCAACGCCCCUCGCAACAAUGUGCUCAAAUAUCUGGAUUAUGCCUUCACUGGUGUUUUCACUUUUGAAAUGGUGAUCAAGAUGGUGGACCUAGGCCUGCUGCUUCAUCCUGGAGCUUACUUCAGAGACCUGUGGAACAUCCUGGACUUCAUAGUGGUCAGUGGGGCGCUGGUGGCUUUUGCAUUUUCGAGCUUCAUGGGUAGAUCGCAACAAGGUGUGAACAGGGGGACCAAAGGCAAAGACAUCAGCACCAUCAAGUCUCUGAGGGUUCUCCGUGUCCUCCGGCCUCUCAAGACCAUCAAACGUCUGCCCAAACUCAAGGCCGUCUUCGACUGUGUGGUCAACUCUCUGAAGAACGUGCUGAACAUCCUCAUCGUCUACAUCCUUUUCAUGUUCAUCUUCGCCGUCAUCGCCGUUCAGCUCUUCAAGGGGAAGUUCUUCUACUGCACUGACGAGUCCAAGGGUCUGGAGAAGGACUGCAAAGGACAGUUCCUAGACUAUGACAAAGACGAGGUGGCGUCCAUGCCCAGAGAGUGGAGGAAAUAUGAGUUCCAUUAUGACAACGUGCUGUGGGCCUUCCUGACGCUCUUCACCGUCUCCACCGGGGAGGGCUGGCCAACAGUUUUGAAGCACUCUGUGGACGCCACCUUUGAAGACAAGGGUCCCAGUCCAGGCUACCGGAUAGAGAUGUCAAUCUUCUAUGUGGUCUACUUUGUGGUCUUCCCUUUCUUCUUCGUCAACAUCUUUGUCGCUCUGAUCAUCAUCACCUUCCAGGAACAGGGAGACAAGGCGAUGUCUGAGUGCAGCUUGGAAAAGAACGAGAGGGCUUGUAUCGACUUUGCCAUAAACGCCAAACCUCUGACGCGCUACAUGCCCGAGAACACGCAGUCCUUCCAGUACAGGAUGUGGAAGUUUGUAGUCUCACCUCCGUUUGAGUACUCCAUCAUGAUCAUGAUCGCUCUCAACACUGUCGUCCUCAUGAUGAAGUUUCAUGGAGCUCCAGACUUCUAUGAAACGAUGCUGAAAAACCUCAACAUAGUCUUCACCACUCUCUUCUCUCUGGAGUGUAUCCUCAAGAUUAUAGCUUUUGGUCCAUUGAACUACCUGAAGGACGCCUGGAACGUGUUUGACUUUGUGACUGUGUUGGGCAGCAUCACUGACAUCCUGGUGACUGAAAUCAAUACUACGGACCGACUGCUGAACCUGAGCUUCCUGAGGUUGUUCAGAGCCGCUCGGCUCAUCAAGCUGCUGAGGCAGGGCUACACCAUCCGCAUCCUGCUGUGGACCUUCGUCCAGUCCUUUAAGGCCCUGCCUUAUGUCUGCCUGCUGAUUGCUAUGCUGUUCUUCAUUUAUGCCAUCAUUGGGAUGCAGGUGUUUGGCAACAUUGAGCUGAAUGAAGACACAGCAAUCAAUCACCACAACAACUUCCGCACUUUCCUCCAAGCUCUCAUGCUGCUGUUCAGGAGUGCAACUGGCGAGGCCUGGCACGAGAUCAUGUUAUCGUGUUUGAGUCAUCGAGUCUGUGACGAGAAGUCGGGGUCCCAGGGGAAACAGUGUGGAAGUGAUUUUGCCUACUUCUACUUUGUCUCCUUUAUCUUCCUCUGCUCCUUCCUGAUGCUGAACCUGUUUGUGGCUGUCAUAAUGGAUAACUUUGAGUACCUAACCAGAGACUCCUCCAUCCUGGGGCCUCAUCACCUCGAUGAGUUCAUCCGGGUUUGGGCUGAGUACGACCCGGCUGCAUGUGGCCGUAUCAAGUACCUCGAUAUGUAUCAGAUGCUGCUCCACAUGUCCCCACCCUUAGGUUUGGGAAAGAAAUGUCCGCCAAGAGUCGCCUACAAGCGCCUCGUCAAAAUGAACAUGCCGAUCGCUGAGGACACCACGGUCCACUUCACCUCCACCCUGAUGGCCCUGAUCCGCACCGCCCUGGAGAUCAAACUGGCUUCAGGCAUGCUCGCUCAGCGGUUAUCUGACGAGGAGUUAAAGAAGGAGCUGUCCACAGUGUGGCCCAGCCUGUCUCAGAAGACCAUGGACCUGCUGGUGACGCCACAUAAACCCAAUGAGCUGACAGUGGGGAAGGUUUAUGCGGCUCUCAUGAUCUUUGAUUACUACAAGCAGAACCGAGCAAAGAGGCUGCAGCUGCUGCAGCAGCAGCAACAACAGGGCAUGUCAGGCUCCCAGUGCAAGGUCGGGGCUCUGUUUAAGCCAUUGCUGCCUCUGACUCACAUGCAGGAGAAAGAUCUGCCUAUGAUGUCAAACAGUGUGGAGCCUCCCAGCAUGCUUCAGUCCAAAUCCCAUGCCAAGUCCCAGCCACAGACCAGACCUAGCUCCAACUCCCUGAACAACGGAGGCACGCUGCCGGCUCAUGACCAAAUCAAGGCUUCUGCUUCCUGGGUGAUGGACAAACCCAAGGAAGCUCCAAAAGGUAAAACUAAGAAAAUCUCGUCCAGAGGCCCCUCAGAGGACACGCCAGACAAUGACGCCAAUAUGGAGUCCGUAGAGAUGAGGAAGAUGGAGACCAGUGCCAGCAGUACAAUCCCAGUCCCUGUUUCAGGUCUGGAGAAUCAGGGCAGAGCUGCUUCAAUGCCUCGACUCAAUGCUGAGCUGCAGCGGAGCCACUCACGCCACUCUCCAGGGACCAUUCUAGCUUCUGUCCCUGAUGCCAGCCCCAUGAAGCGCUCAGCCUCCACCGUAGCCCCACAGCGUCCCCAAGAGGUCAACCUGAGGGACUACACCCUGGAGAAACCCAACCAGGACCGACCCCACCACCAUCACCACCACCACCGCUGCCACCACCGCAGAGACAAAGACAGAGACAGAGAACGAGACAGAGAGAAGAGGCAGAGGUCUCUGGAUACACCUCCUGGUGGCCAAGCACCCGGCGCUGCUGGAGCUGCAGGGGAGCCAGCGUCUGACCCGGCUGCCUCCAGAGAGCGCGCACAUGACCGGGGACGCUCCCACGAGAGGAAACAUCACCCCUCCUCUGCGGAUAAACAACGCUACUACUCCUGUGACCGCUACUGCAGCCGGGAACACUGCCACACCAAAUCAGCCACCGCCAGCUGUGCCGUCUCCCCCAGCGAGGGGCAGGAAACCAGCAACAAGCAGGGCAGUGGUUGGGUUAGAGGCAGCCCAGUGGCUCUGAGCUCCAGUUCUAGCACGCCAAGCCGCGGACGCCGGCAGCUCCCCCAGACCCCCCUCACCCCGCGGCCCGGGGUGGCCUACAAGACUGCCAACUCUUCCCCCGUGCACUUUGUGUCCAGCCAGGCCUCUCUGAGUCCCGGCCGGCUGAGCCGUGGCCUGUCGGAGCACAACGCCCUCCGUCACAGCGGCUCCCGUCACGUCCCCUGCCCCGUCACUCGUAUCAGCUCCGAGCCCUUUCUAGGCCAGGGCCAAGGCGAGGCCCUGGACAGCCUCUACGGCAGCCUGCGGGACCAGCUGGACGUCUUCGAGGACUCUGGGUCGCUGUCCCCCGGCCCCCACGCCAGACGCUCCUCUCGGACCGCACUGCCUCACCCGACGGGAGCCCUGCUCCCCGCUCCGCAGCAGAACCUCGGGGUGCCUAACGGGUAUCAUUUCAGCUUCGGGGGCAGCAGCAGCCCGGGUUCUGGCAGCAGGUCACCCAGGUAUUACCAGGAGGCAGAGGAGGACGAAUGGUGCUAGCAUGGCUUUUAAACCAACUUUUUUAAUGCAUUUUUGAGGAAUUGUGAUGAGUUUUAUCAUCUUCUUUGAAGGCUUUAGUUUACAUCGUCACUGUGUGUGUUGGAAUCCUAACAUGGAGAGGUGAUGUUAGGGAGGAGAUCUCAACAGGGAGCAGCGGGAAAAAUAUGAAUGUGAACAAAAAAAGGUUUGUCUUUAUCAAAGGGCACGUAGCAUCGUAAAAGAGAAGAGUAAACCUUUUUUCAAUAUCAGACGUGUUACAGAUGUUUGGAUUGCUUAGACGUCAUGCUUUUGUUGACAACACCAUUGACUCUCAAACCGCUUUACAUGAAAGACCCCGACUAGACAUUAAGAUCAGAGUAACCUAGAAGAAAAGAUCCAAAGACAUCUUUUGGAUGUAAAUAAACCACACUGAAUAAACCUAGUUGUUUGCACUGUACAAGCUGCUUCACUCCAAACACAAUUCUUCGAGUAAGGUUGAAUUCUCAGCCGCUAACUUUUUGACUACUUUUGCUAAAAGCAAUUCACAAAUUCCAAAAGCUUCAGGUGUUUCUGCAGUUUAAACUGUAGAUUAUGUUUGCAGGCUUUAUAACCUGUUCUGUAAACCUGCCUGAGUUUAUUAAGCAAAGACCUACAAGCUAUGAUGUAAUCUAUGCUUACUAUAGAUCACUGUUUACACCAAAUCCACAUUUUCUAGCAGCCCUACGUAAACCUAUACAUCAUAGACACAACCCUCUUUGAGCCAAUCGGCUUAUGUCUGAUAAAAAAUUAGAAUCUGUGGGUAACUGCCAGUAUUUCUGGGCUUCUGGUGCCGUCACUCUUAUGCCCGGAUAAGUAUUCAGAUAUCAGGGCGAAAACUUCUUCAAUCUACCGGCUACUGUCAAAGUCUGACUUGGUGUUGGAGUUAAGGGAUAAGGAUAUGACCUGUUUGUUAUCUGCAGUAAAAAUGCAGAAUUUCUAAAAAGUUUGAUUCUUGUCUUCCAUCUCUCUGCUCCCCACACACAAAGCAUGCUCAGUUGUGAUUGGUCAAUACUUCCCUGACUGCUUAUCAGAAGACAUCACCACAUUUGCACUCCUGACAAUUUCAAAAAAAAAUUAGAAAAUUUAAAAAAAUUAAAAGACUUUCCCUAAGACAUGACAUCCAAAGAACGUUGAGGAAGUGGCAAAUAAAGGAACAGAGUCGACCACUAUAAUGACAAUUUUUGCUUUUAUAUCAACGGUAUAGGUAGUUCUAUAUAUUAAAAAUAUUUUUAAAAGAGUGGGGAAGAACAUUCUUAAAAACAGGAAAACAUAAUGAAGAUGUUUAGUUACAUGCGCAGAGAUCACACUUCUGAGCUCGUAGAAAAAGUCAGGGUUAAGUCAGAGUGAAACAUGUGUCUGUUUACGCUCACACAUGCAGCUCAUCCAAAACAUUUCAGGACAUUUGUGCAUGUGUAAAAGAACUACAAGACAUCUGCACGUCUGACAUACAAAGCCAUCUUCUCCUUCACCUGAAGUGUCUGCAUUCAUAUGUAGAUAUCUGUUCACUAAGCAUACAUACACAGUAAUACAAAAGGAAACCCUUAACACCAUAAAAGGAAUCAGGCUGGAGACAACACCACACACACGAUGAGUUUCUGAAUCAGCUGCUUAAUUUACACAUCUGUUGUUGUAAACCAUUAUAACAGAACACAGCACAACCUGCUGUCUGUCAGGCUUGUUAUUAAAAGCUUUAAAUGAACUCUCUGACAGUAGCUGUGGAGCGUUUGGGAGUCUCUAUGGCGGAGUCAACAGAAAGUGAUGAAAACAGGACAAAAAGUAGGUUAGUGAAAUGAGACUUUAUGUCACUGUACAAACAGCUGUGUGUUCUUUAGUUACGGACUUUUACCAUUCCAUGAUGAUGCCUAAUCCUUUACGACAUUCCCUCUGUGUCGGUCGAACAGAUGACGUGUUGUCACACGGACAGCCGUGAUUGUUUUGUUUUCUUCCAGAUUUGAAGAGAAAAAAGCGAUGCAUGUGAGUGAGAAAGUAUCCGACUGACUGAUUUGUUUUCUAUCAGAGUUCCUUGUAGAUGUUGUCUUUUCAUUGUGUGCAUUUUUUUGUAUGACGUGAAAAAAACAAAAAAAAACAAGGAUGUGUUUUAGUGUGAACUGCUUACGGUUUGCCAUCGUUUCAGGUCUAAUGUUUCUUACAGACUUCUUUGCGAUGUUUUCAAACAAAGUGCCUCUCCUUUUAGAUAUACUGUAGAAGAAGAAAACAAACAAAAAAAAUGCAACGUCAACUGUUUUCUAAUGCAUCCACUUCGGUGUAGAUGUUUGAUUCAUUCUGUUUGUAGCUCUGCAGGAAAACAUGUUGUACAGGAAGCCUUAUCUGCAAGCAGAGGAAUGAUAACACUUAAGAUGGAAAAUGACCUCAUGGCAGUCGAUCAUAUUAUCUUUUUUUUUUUAUCAACCAUAAAAUCAAGCGAAGGGUCGGGGAGCAAGAAUCAACUUUACGGAACCGCCAUGCGAGCAUUUAAAACUCUGCAUAAAUAUAUACCAUAGAUCCAGUAACAUUAAUGCAAAUAACACAUUCUGCAUGUUUUGACGGUCGGCUAUCUGCCCUGACCACCCAGUAGGGUUUAUUGUUUUUGUAUUUCAUAAGGAUGGUAAGAAGCUGAGCCUUGCAAGCACAAGCAAGGGAGGAGGAUUAGAGGGCGUGCACUUCCUGAUUUUGGACCCAGAGUAGCAAAAGAGGGAUCCAGUCGGAGUCUUUAUGCAUAUUUAGGUCACAACAGGCCCUGUGAGUGUGUGUAUGUGUGUGGAUUAACAACCAACACUGGUGUGUACAUCUACUGUUAAACAUAUCAUUUGCAUUUCUACGUUCAGUUUGUUGUUUUCCUGUUUGUUUUUUCCUGUUUGUUAUAGAUAACUGGUGGUUUCAUCUCCAGAUAGUUCAGGCUGAGAAACAAAACAAAAACAUUUCAACCACAAAGUUUGGCAGGAUGUUUGUUGAGCUCUGUGAGCGUCACAACGAUGCUGUUUCGAUUUCACCCAGGACAGUUUAAAAAAAUAUCUAGGUCUUAACUUUAGGGGAAACAUUUAAAGUAAUUGGUAAUUAAGAUUACAAAAAAAAUUAUUUGGUAUUUCAUAAUUGUGGAUCCACUACAUUGCUAUUGUUAUACAAACUGGACGUUCAUUAGGUUUCUCUUUAGCCAGCAUAUCCAAAAAGUUGACCCAAUGGGAGCCAAUGAGAAAGCACAUCAGGCAUACAAGAAUCUGUGCAACCCGGGACAUGAGGUCUGCAGCAGCAGAAUAUAUAUAUUUUUUUUUGGAUUUCAUACUUCAACAUGGUGGCAUUUUUUUUUAGCUGUGUCCCAAUUCAGUACCACAUACUGGCUCUAUGCAGGUAAAUGUAGCUUGUUUGCUCUGGACGAACAAGUAAGACAGGAUGUUCAAAGAUGUCAUACAUCCUAAAUCUGCUUGUCUUUUUCUCGUGCUUUAAGUGCAAUGUAAAAGUGAAACCCUUUUAAGGAGAGCUUCAAUGUGUGGUACAAGAAGCUCUCUCAGAUUAAACACACUGAAUAACCAGUGGGUUGUUUUUCUGUCAAGGACUCUCAAAUCAGUAAACUUUUUUGAUGACCUUUACUUUUGUCACAUCCCAAUUCACAAUGUAAAUAUCAACUUCCUUUCUGGGGUACAUGUUAUGUAAUGUUGACACUGCUUCGGAGGGAGUUUGUGAAUCUUUGGCAUUUCUGCACUGAUACUUUUCUGUACAUAAACUGUUACCAAUAACCUAAUAUAUCAAACAUCAUAUCUCUAGUACAUCGUAACUAUCAGUAUGAUGGUAAGACUUGGGACACAGCUGAUAUGUUCACAAUCACACCAAGAUUUGAAAGGAAGAAGUUGAGACAAUUGACAAUGUGUUGGCUUUUUAAAAGUCAUUAUUGAAACGUUUUGAAACAAAAAUACUGUAGAGGUAGGGGGUGUAAUUAGAGGUACACCAAAUUCAAAUGGCAGCCAUAUUCCUCCUACCGUAUUCAAGUUGGAUUCAUCAGCAACUGUAAAGACAGUACAGUAAAAGGACAUUAAAAAAAUCCAGACUGAUAUAUUACCUUAUUUUGAGGUUUAAAAAAGAAAAAUCAAAGACUGUAUAAAACAUGGACGUAGUCUCAGUGAUGUCAUCUAUUGGUUUCUGAAGUGGAGUUUUGAAGCUCAACAAUGGCAGUUGCCAUAUUGCAAAUGCUGCUUCAAACUAACUUUUGGUCAACCUAGAGGUGGAGCUGAAGUGGGCCUCCUAACCAACAGCUACCCUUUGCCUACCUGUCAAUAUACUCAGCCACACCCCUUAUUUUUCACAACUCUUAGCCUUAAUGUAAUCAAAACGAUAGAGUUAUGAGAAAAUUCACUCCUCGUUCAGUGUGCGCCAAUAAAGACAUGAGCCACUGAUACCAAAUAUAUUUCUUGAACCAGGCCUUAAAGAUGUUUAUUUUGUCUGUCAGAAUUUACACUUUGAUAUGGGUGUUAAUGGAGCUUAAGAGCCUUUGGCAGUAGGUCUCUAGUGGACACUCAAAGAACUGCAGUUUUGUGACUUUCAUUAUUCAACACCAAAAUGUGUUACUUGUUAAAAUUAAAAGUUUGAUCACUUAUUAGCUUCAACAGCUAAUGUUAGCAUGAGGCCACUUUCAAACUAAUUGUAAUAAUAGCUAGGAAGUGGCUGUGAAUUAGAUGUGGGCUGUUUUAUAUGGAAAUAUAAAAAAGUAGCAGGAGGAAGAUAUUCCGCAGACUUGCUCCAUGCCACAAAAAGUAUAUAGAAUCUCAUCGUUUCGACCAGACGUCUUCUACAGGAUAUGAUUGUCAUGUGGUAUUGAGCGAGUGUGCGGGCAUAUCUUCUUCUCCUCAAAUUAAAAUUUUCCCAAUGUCCCUCUGGAUUUUCACAACCAAUUGACUCUCCAGUUCUGAUGAAUAUUGAAACGGUGAAUUGAUGUCAACUUUUCAGAUUUCUUACAUAUAUGAAAGUACAAACCUGGAAAAUAGCCGGUAUCAUUUGAGCUUUUCACCCUGAACAUGAUGUCAGAGGAAAACAACUGUGAUGAAUAGGAUAUGUGUAUGUUAAAAUAAUCAAUCAGGCACUGCAGAACUAGAUAAAGUAAUACUUUCCUAAAGAUUGAUUACCAAACAACUCCUGCAGUGCACUGAAUAAUACAGAUUAUCACUAUUAAUGGUUAAAAAAUGAAUGGCUGUCUCACUGACUUCCACUUCUGGUCAACUUUGAAGGAGGAAAUUCUCCAGCUGUCGUUUUAUAAAACAUGAUAUUUGUUUCUGUUACUUGUCUUUAAUUUAGUUUUCAUCCAAUGCUGUUUACACAUCGCAGUAGUCUGCAACAUACGGAGGAGGUUUAAACCUUUCUCAUGAGCUGUGUGGCUGGAAGGUAUUUGUGAACCCUCAGCAGGUUGUAUGGGAUUGACAGGGGCCUCGUUUCUUCACCGCGACACACACACACUGCAGGGGCCAGACACAAACUGAAAGACAUGAGAGUAGGGCUAUGCAACAAGACAAACCCAUUUGUCCAUCCGUUCUGUAGCUUUACAUGCUGGUCUCUUCAGAUUCAGGCUUCAGCAUGAUUGUGACCAAAUGUUUUAUAGAAAAUACUAUGGGAAAAAAAAAAACGUGAAAAAAAUGCAAAAAGGCACAAAGUGUAGACAAGAAACAGAUUAUUUAGGAUUACAGAAACUUUACACAUAUAUUUGCAUGCAGAAUACUUACCUGGAACGGCAACUUCAAACAGCUCAAAACGGGGUGGGGGAGGGGGGGUUCAUAUGUAUACAUGGAUUACUUUUUUUUUAAAGACAGAAUACAUUUUUCUGCAGAUGCAUUGGUUAUUCUUAAUAUUCUGUUUCCGUUGUGGCAACAAAAGAAAAUCAACAAAAUACCUUUACCUUUUCAACUAUGCGUCCUCUGUAUUGCAACAAAGGAAACGUACCUGUGCCCUCGUCUGGACCUAUCUGCCACCAAACAUUACAAGUGAUCCAGUCUCUUUAUCUGCAUACCAUUGGCAGUGUAGAUGUGGCUUUUACUUGACAAAAAUGAAAAUGUUUGCAUGUUCUAACAAUGUAUGUGCAUGUAGAAAAACUUAGUACUUUUAGAUACCAUGUGUUAUUUUGUUGUUGAUUUUUAAUAUUUGAUAUAAACUGUGGGGUUUGCCGUAAAGACAGAUUUCUAUUUAAAAAACACAGUAUUGAACGUUGUUGACGGUCCCCCCCCUGUGCAGCAAAGCUGGAACAUUCCUUUAUUUGGGAUUCAGUGAAAUGUUUGUUUGCCUGAUUUUAUGUUUCUUGGCCAGACUUUGAACUCUGCAGUUGUUUCUACAUUAAACAUUUUGUAUGAAGCGAAGCUCAUUGAAAUAAAAAACAGGAUGAAAUGAA